AUGUGUGAGCAGGCAGCGCGCUACUGUCGGGACGGAGUCCACAAGCUGCUGAACAAAGAACAAGCCCAGCUCCGAGCCCAGGACCCCCGAGAGCAGCCGAGCCCCGGACCCGGUGAGGACAGCGAGCCCAGGACGGCAGCGCAGCCCGGACACAGCGGCGCCCAGCCCGGUGGAAUCGACGGGCUCGUCCGCUGGAUCGUCACCAAGAUGAGCGACAACAAGAACCUCUCCAGCCGGGAGCAGGCGUCCAGCAAGGAGGAGGCGGCCGGGGCGCAGGAGCAGUUCUUCACCCCGGAGCCCAGGAGAGGCAUCUCGGUGAUCCUGGAUAUAUUCAGAAGAGCUGACAAAGACGAUGAUGGUAAACUGUCUCUGGACGAGUUCCAGGCGUUCUUCUCUGACGGCACGCUGAACGAGGAGGAGCUGGAGAAGCUGUUCCACACCAUCGACUCUGAUAACACCAGUAAUGUUGACACGAAGGAACUCUGUGACUACUUUGCUAAACACAUGGGCGACUAUGAGGGAGUUCUGGCCUCGUUGGAAACACUCAAUCUUUCCAUCCUUAAAGCCAUGGACUUCACCAAGAAGGUUUACGAGAAAGGAAGCAACGUGGAGCAGUUUGUGACACGCUUCCUCCUGAAGGAAUCGGCCAAUCAGAUCCAGUCUCUGCUGAGCUCUGUGGAAAGUGCUGUGGACGCCAUCGACGAACAGCACAGCCAAUCAGGUCAUCUACCUGCCAAGGUGAGCCCACGAAUGUCCGAGAAGCGCAAUGACAACACUGUCCCUGACUACCCUCCGAACAACAGAGUCAGCGUGGCCAGGGAGGCUGUCAGGACCAUCAACACUGCUUCAGGUGCAGUGGAGGUGAGGAAAGAAGGUCUGGAGUCUCAGAUCAACCGCCUGGCUGAACUAAUCGGUCGACUGGAGAAUAAGACGGUCUGGUUGGAUCUGCACCAGAGGCUAACAGAGACAGAUGGCACACCCAGCGCCUCCUUGCUGCUGGUGCGCCAGGAGAUGGUGGUUUCCCAGAAGAAGCUGGGCGAGUUCUGCGAGGCCCUGAAGCAGUACCUGAAGAACGUGUCGGCUCAGAGAGACUGUUUUCAUGUGACCGCCGUGCGUCUGCCGGACGGUUUAUCCUUUGUCGUCUACGAGUUCUGGGACGGAGAGGAGGAGUGGAAGAGACACCUCCAGUCUGCCCCCAACAAAGCCUUUCAGCACGUGAAGGUGGACACACUGUGCCAGCCGGAGACCGUGUCCUCUGUAGCCGUGCCAGCCGCCUGGUGCAGCGUGAACAGGGACUGA